AUGAAGCCUGCACAUCUAUACCCGGUUAUGUCGGCCAAGCCACCAUUCUCCGUGGAGGUUCCCGGCGCCACAAAAGUUGAAGGUGAAGGCAUCCCGCGUAGACAUCCUGCCGCCAAAGACGGUAUCUGGGAGCGUCCUUCCGACGAUGUCAAUACCGUUUGGGACAUCGUCGUUCGCAGUUCCCAAAAGUACGGCGAUAUCCGCUGUGUCGGUUGGAGGAAGUUGAUUCAAAUGCACAAGGAAACCAAGAUGAUCAAGAAAUUCGUCGAUGGAAAGGAGACCGAAGUUCCAAAGGAAUGGGCUUACUUUGAAAAAUCACCAUUUGAAUUUAUUACCUACUCGCAAUACCAUGAACUCUGCAAGGACGUUGCCAGCGGUUUUGUUGCUCUUGGCUUAAAGAAGGGUGAUAGAAUACAGAUUUAUGCUGCGACUAGCGUACAAUGGUUGUCAAGUGCUCACGCUGCCAUGUCUCAAGGAAUGGCCAUCACAACAGCCUACGAUACUCUCGGACAAAGCGGUCUUACCCAUGCUCUUGUCGAAACCGGUGCUAAGGCUGUCGUUGUUGAUGCACACCUCUUGAAUAAUCUUGUCGAGCCCCUCAAAACUGCGAAGGAGGUUUCCCUCAUCAUCUACAAUGAUGCCGAUGCCGCCCCAAAUCCAGAACAUGUAGAGAAGCUCCAAAGUGCCCACCCACACCUUACUAUCCUUUCUUGGGACGCUGUCAAGGCCAAGGGCAAGGAACACCCAGCCGAAUCCAACCCCUCCGAAUCUUCCGACCUUGCCUGCAUCAUGUACACAUCUGGGUCGACCGGUACCCCCAAGGGUGUCUACAUCAAGCAAUCUAAUGUUGUCGCCGCUAUUGCCGGCAUUCACACCGCCGUUGGCGAUUUUGUUGGUGGAGAAGAUACUCUUCUUGCAUACCUCCCACUUGCCCAUAUCCUCGAAUUCGCAUUCGAAAAUGUUGUUCUUUACUGGGGUGGUACUUUGGGUUACGGUUCCAUCCGAACCUUGACCGAUGUCUCCAUGAAGAAUUGCGCCGGUGACAUCCGUGAAUUAAAACCCACUGUCCUCGUUGGCGUGCCACAGGUCUGGGAAACCGUCAAGAAGGGUGUUGAAAUCAGAGUUAAGCAGCAACCAGCUUUUAGACAGAAGCUUUUCUGGGGUGCUAUGUCCGCCAAGUCGUUCCUGUUGAAUUCUGGUUUGCCAGGUACUAGUCUUCUUGAUGCUGUGGUUUUCAGCAAGAUACGCGAGGCCACCGGUGGUAGACUCAAGGUUUGCUUCAACGGUGGUGGUCCUUUGUCUAAAGAAACUCAGCAUUUUGUCUCCAUGGCUAUUGCACCAAUGAUUAUUGGUUACGGUUUGACUGAGACUUGCGCAAACGGGUGCAUCAUGAACCCCUACCAAUGGACUAACACGACAUUGGGUGCGCCUGUCGGUGCCGUUGAAAUUAAGCUUGUUGACUACUUAGAUGCUGGAUACUCCACCGCUAGCAACCCGCCACAGGGCGAAAUCUGGAUCCGUGGACCGGCCGUCGCCGAAAAGUACUACAACAACGAGAAGGAGACGAGUGAAGCCUACUCCGACGAUGGUUGGUUCAAGACGGGCGACGUCGGCGAAUGGACUCCUAGUGGUCAUCUAAAGAUCAUCGACAGAAAGAAGAAUCUUGUCAAGACACUCCACGGAGAGUACAUUGCUCUUGAAAAGCUUGAAUCUAUUUACCGAUCCUGCUCGUACGUUCAGAACAUCUGCGUCUACGCAGAUACGCAGAAGGCCAAGCCUGUCGCUCUCAUUCAACCUCAUGAAGUCAACAUCAAGAAACUCGCUGCCGAUCUCAGUGUUGCAGGUGAACUCGAGACUAUCGUCCACGAUAGCAAGAUUCAAUCCGCUGUCUUGAAGGACUUGCUUGCUGUCGGAAGGCGAGGAGGUCUCGCUGGUAUUGAACUCAUCGAUGGCGUCGUUAUUGCUGACGAUGAAUGGACACCGCAGAGCGGUCUUGUCACUGCUGCUAUGAAACUGAACAGAAGAGGCCUAACUGACCACUACAAAACUGAGAUUGAUGCGGCGUACAAGAAGGCAGGCAACUAA